AUGGCGGUGGCAGAGUUGAAGAUCGCGCAAGAGCCCUUGCAUGAGCCGAAGAUCCAACUGGCGGAGCCGAAGAUCGAGCCAGAGCCGGUGGCGCAGUCGAAGAUCCAACUUGAGCCUCUGGCUGAGGCGACCAUCAUGGAGGCUGUGGCAGAGGUGAAGAUGGCACCAAAGGCUGAGUUAGAGCCUAAGAUCUCAUCGGUGGCCGCGGCAUAUCUGAAGAUGGCACCGGACGGGAAGGAUGAUACCAAAGACUUCGAUGGAGAAGACGACAACAAUGGAGGUUGGGGAUUCCUAUCCUUCUCUGCCAUCUUGGAAAGGGAUCUUGAUUAG